UUUCUUCAGAGCUGCCCACGACAAGAGCCAAACAUGCCCACUGAAGGAGACAAGGACGCAAAGGAGGAAAGGAUGCAGGACACUCCUGAGGAUACGGUGCGGAAGAGAGUACACACAGACACUCAGAGCCCACACAGAGGAAAUACUCCACAAGGCAGCCCAUCCAGAUUUGUCUCUGUGGAGGAGCUGUUGGAAACAGCUAAAGGAGUCUGUAACAUGGCUUUGGCUCAUGAGAUCAUGGUCAAUUAUGCUUUUCAGUUCAAACCUGCAGAGCUUCCUGAGCAAAAUUUGGAGCGCAGAGUUAAGGAGAUUGUGCACAAAGCAUUCUGGGAUUGUUUGGAAGCUCAGCUGAAUCCAGCUGAGGAUCCACCAUCGUACAGCCACGCCAUCAAACUGCUGGCUGAGAUCAAAGAGGUGUGA